AUGGAAGCACUACUGACCCUUUUCCCCUCUACGUUGAGCUACGUGAAGAACCGAAUUGCGCGAGCGUGGAGCGUUAAACCUACGCGCGGCGAGGAGGCUACGGGCAUUGCCGAGCAGGAUCGAGCUGUGGUGCGCGGCUCGCUGCUGCCGACGAUAUCAGGCGUGCCGGCACCGCUGCGCGUUCACAUUGCGUCCGCUGUCCAUUCCAUUGUGCGCGCCGACUACCCUGAGGCAUGGCCGACGCUGUUGGACGAGAUCUUGAAGUUGCUUACGUCUACAUCCGAGUCCGACAUUUAUGCGGGCGUGCGGGCAUUGCUCGAGACGGUGCGCAGCUUCCGGUUUACAGACACGGACUCGAAGCUGGAGGACAUCGUUUCGCGCACGUUCCCCCAGCUUCUGGCGACUGCGAAUGCGCUGAUGGACUCGCCGCACUCGAAUCUGCCCGCUGUGGGCGAGAUUCUGUACUAUGCCAUCAAGACGUACAAGAUUAGCAUGCUUGUCACACUGACACAGCACCAGCAAUCAGAGGGUAGUAUUGUGCCCUGGGGCACGCUGUUGCUUCGUAUUGUCCAGAAACCCGUCGAAGACGCCGACUUGGAUGUUGACGCGCGCGAGAAAACGCCGUGGUGGAAGACAAAGAAAUGGGCCUACUUCUCUCUGAACAAGCUUUUUAGCAGGUACGGCAUCCCCUCGCAGCUGUCUUCUAGCAUGAAGUCGUACAAGCCGUUUGCAGAGACCUUUUCGAACCACUUUGCCCCCGAGAUUCUCAAGGUGUACCUGCAAGUAUGCGAGGCAAACAUUACUCAGAAUGCAUGGAUCAGCCGCCCAGUGACGCGCUCCAUCCUUACAUUCUUGAACGAGUGUAUCAAGCCCAAGACUAUCUGGCUGCGUCUCCGGCCGCAGAUGCCCGAGCUAGUGCAGUCGUUUGUGUACCCGCGCAUGUGCUUUUUGGAAGAAGACGAGGAGCUCUGGGAACUCGACCCGAUCGAUUUUAUCCGCUCUCGUACGGAUGUGCUUGAGGAUAUGGGCACCGUCGCGAGUGCCGCCAGUACGCUGCUCCAUACUGCGGUCACGAAGCGGACCAAGUCGAUGUUUGAGCCCACGCUGGCAUUUAUCAUGUCGGUGAUGAAUGCGUACCCUGCAAACUGCAAUGCACGCCAGUUGGACGGGGCGCUAAAUAUGUGCAUUACCAUUGCCAAAGAGAUGACCGACGCCGAGUCUGUUCGGGACAAACUCGACCUCUUUUUCUUCCAGCACGUACUGCCGCUGCUCAAAAGCGAGCAUGCAUUUUUGCGCCUGAGUGCAUGCACGGCGGUAAAAACAUUUGAUCACGUCGGGAUGAAGUGGCACAACGCCGAGACACUGGAGAUGGCUUUCCGUGGCGUGAUGGACUGCAUUAUGGAUGCAGAGCUUCCUGUGCGAGUACAAGCGGCAGAGGCAAUUGGCGAGCUGAUCGGACACGACGAAGUACACAACGCAAUGGCGCCCAACGCAGCGCGACUGAUGCAAGAGUUCUUGAAGCUUUCCGACGAGACAGACCUGGACGUAUUGAUGACGACGCAAGAAAAGGUCGUGAACACAUUUGCCGAGGAGCUCUUGCCGUUUGCUGUUCAGCUCGUCCAGCAGCUGGCAAGCAUCUAUAUGCGCCUCGUUCGCGAGAAUCUGGCUGGCGGCGACGCGGAGGCAGACGGCGCCCAUGCAUUCAACAUGGACCAAAAUGAGGAGGACAAGUACUUUGCGGCGCUGGGCAACCUGAGCACCAUGUACCAAAUGGUCUCCACUGCCGAGUCGCGCCCCGAGAUUUUGGCCGAGCUCGAGCAGGUUAUUCUGCCUGCCGUCGCACUCACCAUUGAGACGGAAACAAUCGAUCUGUUCGAUGACUGCUUCCAGCUGACAGACGUCCUAACAUACUACCAAAAGCGCAUUUCGCCCGCGAUGUGGAAUGUGUUUGCGCUUAUGUACAAGUCGUUCAAGGGGAUUGGCAUCGACUACCUCUCGGAAAUGAUUGGCACGCUCGACAACUGCGCGUCGUACGGCACAGAAAUGUUGCAGCAGAAUGAAGAGUACCGCAACAUGCUGCUCGAUAUUUUCAACACGGCGAUCACGAGCGAUCAGCUGGGGAUUAGCGAUCGGAUUGCCGCUUGCCAGCUUGCCGAGGUAAUUCUCCUGCUCCUCAAGGGGUACGUUGACGGCGCGCUUGAGCGCAUCAUCACCGCACUCUUGCCGCACUCGCGCAAGAACAGCCCGGAGCCCUCGUUUAGCCUGCGGAAAUGGAGUAUUCUCGUGCUCCUUGAGGCGCUUUACUACAACCCUAACAUGGCGCUUCAGGUGCUCGAUGCGAACGGGGCGACAGCCGAGUUUUUCACCGAUGCCCUCCAGAUGCUGCCUAAGUUUAAGAGAGUGCACGAAUGCAAAGUCACGAUUGUCUCGCUCUUGAGCAUCCUCUCCGUCGAUCCAAACACGCUGCCAGAGGCAAUAAAGGCGGGCUAUGCGCACCUCUUGCGCGCAUUGACUCGCCAGCUCAAGCUGCUGCCUGUAUUGGUCGCACAGCGCGUUGAAGUCCAACGCGCGCUCGAUGAAGGAUUCGACGAAAACGAUGAGGAAGAGGCGGAAGAAGAGAAUGACGUGGACGACGAUGCGGAUGUGCAGGACGACGACAACGAGUACCUUGAGCUGCUUAUUCAAGAGGCCGCGCGUCUUCGCACUAAGGUCACGCAUAUUGACAAUGGCGAGGAGGAAGAAGAGGAAGAGGACGAUUUGGAAUUGGAGGAUAUCGAGGACGAUGACCUCAUUUACGAAUCACCACUUGAAAACGUGCCUGUCUACGAGCCUUUCCGCUCGGUCGUGCACCAGCUACAAACUCAGCAUGCUGCACUCUUCCAAUCGCUCACGGAGGGUAUGAGCAAGGAAGAGCAGGAGCAGUUCCAACAGGUGUACGCGAUCCAAGACGGGGUAGAAACGGGACUCGGCAAGCCGGAGAAGGGUACAUAG